UUUUCUUCUCUUAAAUUCCAGGUUCGUGCCGGCUUCUAACGUACGCAGAUCUCAUUCAUAGACAAGAAUGGCUAGCUGAAGCAUCUCAGUAUCAUAAUUAAAAAGUGGCGAAAUUUUCAGUUCUCAAUUAACUCUCUCCUGGAUUAAAAGAUUUCUCUGAGAAAUUGAGUACCACUCACAGAAAAGGAAUUCAAUACUGAUACCGUGUAUUGUGGAGGAAUUUCGAAGGAAAACUCACAUUUGACUGGAUGAACUGCUCAAGGUACCUCUCAACGUUGCUAUUGGUAUUAUUCUUUGCUAUAGCCCUCUGCACAGAUGAAAAUCCAGAAUUGAGCUUACUGGGACACUCUAACAUCCUGCUAAGCUCUGCUAUAGCUAAACAUCAACUGAAUGAGCAAGAAGCAAAUUUGAAACCCCAACUUCAUGGACACUUUAAUAUUACGAACAAUUCUGUAACUAUCUUUAAUGGAAUGAUUGAAAAAGGUUCAAAUAAUUCGAGUAUUCAAAAUCCCGGCAAAGAUAACGAGAAUCUAUUUUUAUACUUGAAUAUCUUGAUUUGUAUGAUUUUUAUUAUUUGUUUUUGUUGCUUUCCGUGGUUCGAAGAGGAGGAAAAUAUUAUCAUUCAUGUUACUCAAAACGCAUAAAAAGACUAAUAAUACUGUAAUACUUUUGUAAUAAUACUGUACUUUUUAUGCAUACUUAUACAAUGCAUAAAAUGACUUAUGUGCUUAAUGUAAAUAAUUGAUCGUAAUAUUAAAAUGAACGAAUAAAUCUAUAUAGCAGACUAUUGUACUGAAAAAUGUGCUAUAUUUUAGC